CUCGACUGCGAAAUUGGAAAUUGGCCAAGAUUAGGUGUGGUUAAUGCUCUGCGGCUCCUUGGCCAGUCUAACCCCCAUCGAAAGAGCCAGCAGCCCCGAUCUGUGGUUUGGAGAAGCUGGCUGGCGCUACCAGAAAACAGCCAUCAUGACGACGCAGCCAACCCCGACCGUUUGUCUUCUGGGCCAGAGUGAUGGCGCAGGGGUGCAGUACUGUGCGGUACAGGUUGCUGAACCACAGGUUGCUGAACCACCCCCAAUCCCUGUGGCCCUCCAACAACCGACACACCUCUCUACCCUCUCGCCCUCUCACCCUCCCGUUCUGGAGCAGCCUCGCAUCGACCCCACCUUGGCCAUCAACGGCCAGGGGUUCUCCGUCCAGCCGCCAACCUCGCUUAUCUGCUGGCUCCUCAUUGGGGCACGCUCUAAGUCCCUUUCAGUCCACCCUGUCAUCUCGAGCCCCUCCCGCCGACGACCCAGCCUAUCUCAUCAUGCGCUCACAUCUUGGCGCCGCCCUCCCGGCAGCUCCUACCAGUGGGUGAUACCGAGGCGCUGCCCAAGGAGCCGUUAA